GCCAGAACAGCACAAAAAUGAACCCUUCAUGAGAGUCUCCUCCCGUUCCCUCCUCCUCUUGUUACGUCUCUUGCUAUAUUUAUCCAUUUAUUAAUCAAUUUUCUCUGUCUGUGUGUCAAGUGUACGAUAACCCUUUCCUCCACAUCAAUACACACUAUACACUUAUCCUCGUUCUCGAUCUCCGAUAGCCUCCACCGCCACGAUGUUGCCCUAUGCAACCCUCUCGGAGGCAGAGGUUGCGAUAGGUCGCAACCUCACAGCGGCGGAGACAUUGUGGUUCAACUACACCGGCAAGAUGCCGGACUUGAUGGUGUAUUGCCACACCAUCGCGCUGCUGUUCUGCGUGUACUCACUUUCACCGCUGCCUGUGGUGCUCAUUGAGCUGAAGCGCCUCAACCCCUUUGACUCCCACAAGAUCCAACCCAAGGUUCGCUUGUCCUUCAAAGAGAUGUUCAGGUGCUACAAGGAUGUCAUGUUCUUGUUCUUUUGCAUCGUCGGUCCUCUCCAAUUCAUCUCUUACCCUUUGUUCAUCAAGUUUGUUGGCAUCAGGAUGGAGCUGCCAUUGCCAUCUGUGUGGGAGGUGGUGGCGCAAUUGGUGGUGUAUUUCUUAAUAGAGGACUACACGAACUAUUGGUUGCACAGGUUCCUACACGUGAAUAGGUGGGGUUACGAGAACAUUCACAGGGUGCACCAUGAGUACGAGGCUCCGAUCGGCUACGCUGCACCGUAUGCACAUUGGGUGGAGAUCCUUCUCCUUGGAGUUCCGACAUUUCUUGGUCCGGCAAUUGUCCCUUGUCACUUGAUCACCUUCUGGUUGUGGAUAGCAUUGCGCCAACUUGAAGCUAUUGACACACACAAAGGGUAUGAGUUUCCUUGGGCGAUCACAAAACUCAUUCCAUUUUAUGGUGGUGCUGAUCAUCAUGAUUACCAUCAUUAUGUUGGAGGACAAAGUCACAGCAAUUUCGCUUCAGUUUUCACAUACUGUGAUUUUAUUUAUGGAACUGACAAGGGUUAUCGUUAUCAGAAGAAAAUGCAGAAGAAGUUGAAGGAAGGAUCAUACAAGAAAUCCGACUAAAACGGAGAAUACAUCAUCCUGUGGUUAGGGAGUGUAACAUGUUUUGACUUUCGAAAACUAAAGAUUUCAAGUAUGUGGAGAUAUAUAUUUGGCAACAAUGGUGGUACAAUAGACCUCAAGCUUAAGGGUGGAGGUUAGAGAGAUGCCCUUCACAAAUUGUGAAUUUGUGUUAGGAAAGGGGUGGGAGAGGAAUUUCUUUUAUUGUAAUCUUUUGGGUUUAGAUUGGAAAAUGUUAAAACAUGAAAGGGGAAUUCCUCCCCCGGAAUGUAAUUCAAAAAUUUGCUGAUGCCGUAUGUGUGAAGGUGAAUUCUUCAA